AUGGCGGGAAAAGAGGGAGGCGAGGAGGACGAUUACAUGGGAGAUCUCUCCCUUUUCGUCCCUCAGGAGGUCUCUUCGUCCUCCUCCAAGAAGGUGUGCCCUAGCAAUCUCUCCCUCUUUUUCCAUUCCCAGCCGUUCUUCGUAGCCCUGGUUCAGGCCACCGUGCGCGCGGAAUUCUUCCCGAAGGGGGGCUGAUUGAGGUUGUUCGUUCAUUUUUCUUUCUUCCCCGAAGGUUUCGGUCGCCAGAACUGUGGCUACUGAGACCUCGAAGUCGAGUCGGCCCAAGGGGGUCAGCUGGCAGGAGCAGAGGAAGAUCGAUCGGGAGAGGAAACAACGGGAGGAGGACGAGCGAACGCUGGCGGGCCUCGAGGCGUCUAUUCCGUCCACGAAUGUCGGGUUCAAGAUGCUCCAGCAGAUGGGGUACAAUCCUGGCUCGGCCUUGGGAAAGGACGGAUCCGGGAGGUCCCAGCCCGUGGGCAUGGAGAUCCGGCGAUCCCGUGCGGGGAUUGGCGCCCUGUCCCCGUGGGAGGAGAAGGCGAGGAAGGAGAGGGACCUGUCGGAAAUGAAGAGGCGAAGGGAGGAGGACCUGCUGCAGGAUUUUGGAUCAAGGCAAAAGACACAUUGGAGGAGCCGCCGGGUUGUCUGGGACUACCAAAAGGCAGAGGCAGCCCUGGCGCAGCUGGGGAACCACGAGGUCCUCGAACCUGAGGCAACCAGUGACGAUGAGCCAAAGAAAGAGGAGGAAGAAGAAGAGGAUAUAACCGAAGAGGUACGAGCCUGCCCCUCCCGUUGAUAAUAGCACUGUUACCCAGAAGCACAUCAAGUGUGUUCUAUGGGAUUGAGAACCUCGAUUAACUCAUCAUUAUUCUCUAAACUGUUGCAUAAUGGAUAUCGAUGGAGUCAAGAUCCGGAGUCUGAUGCUCUGUGAUGACGGAUUGUUAUAGUCAAAAUUUCAUGUAGAGAGAAACACUGGGACAUUUAACCUACGAAUCCUUCCGUCCUUUCACCUGUUUAGAUAGGAUUUCCCAGAGACGAUGACUUUUCUACUGCCUGAGUUGAGCUUUUGUCAAUGGUGCGAGCAAAAUGGGGGUAGUUAUUUUUCAAGUCAAACCAUUUUAGCUGAGAACGUUGGUGGUCUCUAGAGAAGGUCAACGAAGCAAAACAAGAAACCAGAUCUCUGGAACGCGAGAAGGCGACCCAUUUUUGAUAUUCAAUCCAGAAGAAACAGUUGGGUACUUUUCGAAACAAAUUCUCUGUUGGAUAGAUAGUUCACGCUCAGUGACAACAACUGCUUUGGAGAACUUAGAAAGAAAGUAGUUAAAUUAUACGGAGUUACCAACUCAGGUGAUAACCAGAAAACCUUUUUUCGGUUAUCAUGUCAAUUUUUUCCAAGCAAGACACAGGUCAAUGUCUUGUUAUUCAAGAAGAACAAUGGGUUUGAUCCAAAGGCGGAAAACGGAAUGGGAUCUCUAUGAUUGUAUUUUCUUUCCUGUCUCUUCCGCUUUGUUCCUUCUGCUCUUUUCUUCUCCACAAUACUUAUAGUAUUGUGGUAUCGGUAGAUUUAUCAUGAUAAUUAUUUUCCCAGAGAUUUAAACUAGUGUGGCCUUGACACAUGACAACAGAAGAAAGAAAGUCUCACACUAAUUUCACUAAUCCUACACUUGUUUAAGUAAGAAAUUUCGAGUAAUAUCCGUUUUAUUACCAUUUACCAUCUCCUUUGACUUGUGAUGAUCUGUUAUUGCAUGGUCUCAGUGGCAGUGAUUAUAAGCGCUUUUGACACUUCAGCAUCACACUUGCAGGACUUGCAGAACUUGUUGAUGAAGCUAAGAAGCGAACAUCACUACUGCCUGUACUGUGGAUGCAAGGCAAGUUAUCUCACUCUGAAUGGCUGAAUCUGAUCCGACUUAUCACAUGUUUAUGGUAGGUUGCAUGAUCAUACGGAUCCAGUCAGUCGUUUUGAGUUCUAGAAGCUGAACACAAGUUAUUAUAUUUCUUAACACGCCGAGCGCCCAGUUAAUUAAAAGUAAAUUAAUACUACUCUUCAGUCCAGUGACUUGACCAUACCCACUUGUAAACGAUCAAUAUCCCCUUUUCCUGAGUCUCAAGAUACCAAUUCCUUCAUAGGAACUUCCAGGAGUAUUUUCUUCCUCCCUUCUAUCAGUAUGGAACUAUUUUCUAACACAUCUUCAUCUCAUUUCAGUAUGAAUCAGCAGAAGCCCUGGAAACCCACUGCCCGGGGGUGAAUGAAGAUGACCACUGA